CGCUGUUGUUGCUCCAAAUGCCGGUGCCGCUGCUCCCGUUGUUGCUCCAAAUGAUGAACCAAACAUUCCGCCCGCUGUUCAACAUACAAAAGAGAGAUAACAAUAAAUAUAAAAGGGGUCAACAUUGGCUUUUAGUACAGCUUGGAAGUUGGACACCAGCAGAUGUGUCUUUGUAUUUUUAAGAAUGUCGCUGAUACUUAUUUUUAUAUUGGUUACACUUUUAUCUGCUCUGGCCUACAUUGGUUAUGUUCUGCACAAGAAAGGAAUUAAUCCAAAGGAAAUACGUGUGAACAGCAUACAAGGAGCAAAGCAGCUGCUAUCAUUACCCUCGAAUGCUGGACCACAACGUUAUUUGGCUAAAAAUGCUUGAUUCUUUACACGAGAAUACAAAUCCGUCUCAGCAACACCUGAGGAAUUGAGGAAAGUACUCACGUUUAGCCGGCGUGCUUGUCGCGCCAAGCGAUGUGUUGCCACCAAAGAAGGACAUGACUGUUAAGAUCCUAGACUGUCGAAGCAAAUGACACCUUUUCUUCCUUACGCCUUAUUAAAAGUUGUUGUCGUAUUUUUAUAAUAAAAA